GACGAACAUCGAGCACUGAGCAGGGAAGGAUUAGAAAAUUACAAAAUUACAAAUGGCUUCCGUUUCCAACUUUCGGCUGCCGUAAUUCACUGUUGGCAUGGUUUUUUGAAAUAAGAACGCAUAAUUAGUCGAGACGAACGCGUUCGAUCGAAUUUUUAGACGAUUUUACUGGCCGACGACCAUGGGCAUUCAAGAUCUACAAAUAUUUUUAGAAAACGAGGGUGUAGGUGUUGACUUGUUUCGAGUCGCUAGAACACAUCCUGGUGGUUUUCGAUUAGUACUAGACGCUGAAGGGUGCUUAGAUCGUCUAUAUGGAGGAUAUUUUUCAGAUUGGGCAUGUGGUGGACAAUGGGCCCGCUGUGUUCAAUUUCUCACAACUUUGGCCCAAGCAUUAGCAGAGCAUCAAGUGGCUUUAUGUGUUUGCUUCAAUGGAGCUCACCCCACACCUCCAGCGUUGCCACAUCACUGGAUCCAAACUCAAUCAACAUAUAGACAAAGAGUAAACUCUGUGCUGCGACAUAUUGUAACAAAAGGCACCCCACCACCAAAAGUUUGGUGGGUUCCUCCGACAGGAUUACAUUCUUGCCUUAGAACAGCUUUACGAUACCUCAACAUCCCAAUUAUGGUAUCAUCUGAUGAUCAUUGUCAAGAAGUGGUUGGGUUGUGCCGUGAGAAAACUUAUGCUGGUCUGGUUGGUUGUUCUGGGGAAUAUUUAGUUUUUCAACCACCAAGAUAUUUUAGCUCAUCUCAACUUAAACUUACUUACAGAUCCUCCUUAGAAACUAAAGAGUACAUGGUCCAUGAUUUACCGAAGUUACUUGAUGUACCCCAAGAUAGACUUUGCCUUAUGGCUGCUCUUCUUGGUGGAGUUAUUUUAUCAGAUCAAAGUCUUACUGACUUUUAUAAGCGCUUAGGAAUUGCUCAAAAAAAGCAACAAGUUCCUCCAGAAACUCUUAUCAAAACUGUUGGCCAAUUUGUGAAGGAUUUACCAUCAUCUGAUAUAGAUGCUGCUUGCAUUGAAAUAUUUGGUGACUUGAAUGAUCUUCGUGCUGCUAAAUUAAAACAGGCUGUACAAUAUUAUCUUAAUGGUACCAAAGAUGGAUUCCUUAAAUAUAGAACUGCUUCUGGUCGUCGCCCGAAAAAUAACAAAAAAAACCAAAAGCCAGACUUAAGUCCCCAGUCAACAUCUAUGGACCUCGACACUUCGAAAUUGGCCUGCGAGUCUUCCGAGCAUGAGCAAAAAGGCUUGGAAGAUUACAAAUUGGCUACACUUAAUGCGUUCAUGAAUUCCGGCUAUGACAUCGAGGAACACUGUCACGAAUUGAGCCACAGCGUCGCGGGGCUUUCGUUGGAUGGCGGGGACGCGGCAUCCGUCAAACAGCUACCCGUUAAACCUACUGACAAAAUCGAGAAACCUACAUCCAAAGAGCCGACAACAAGUGCUGGCAAGCACAUUCAGAGCGAUGACAACUGUCCGCCGGCGCCCGCUGAGGUGCUACGCACGUGCGCCGAGCGGCACACGCGAGGUCUCAUGCAUCCACAGAUGCUUUCUAUCCUCACACAUCGUCAAAUCACUCUGCCCGUUCUCAUGGAAGAUGAUAAUCAUCGUGAAAUACCUUCAAUACACCAUUUUUUCAGGCCAAUAAGACAAAAUGUAUAUGCUAUCUUGUAUAACAUGCAUCACCAUAGGUUCAUGGCCCAAAAAGCGAAAGAUGAAGGCACUGCUAUUGCAUCAACCAGCAACGAACGUCCUGCCACUGUUCAAGUAGCAGAAUGGAUAUUUUCUCGUGUGAAUCCUGGAAAGAAUCCAGAAAUUGUGCCUGGAAUUGUUCUUGAUUGGCCAGUACCAACGGUACAGAGGCUUUGGUUUGGCACAGCACAAGAUGAUAAAUGUCGUCGUAUGCGUGCAUUUCUUUCUUGCAUGCGCUCCGACACUCCACUUAUGCUAAAUACCUCAUAUGUGCCACAGCAUCUUCUUAUUUUAGCCACUGUUUUGAGGUUUAUCAUGACAUCGCAAAUACAAAUCUUAAGAAGACAGGAGUUAGACGCGUUUUUGGCUACAGCUUUUUCAAAUGAUCUCAUGAAUGCUCUCCACUUACAGGAAAUGACGGUUCAAGGCAUGAGCUCGCGUGGCGUGCAGCUGGGCGCUCUGGUGAUGGCGGGUGCAGAGGCGGCUUUGCUGGCCAACGACGCUUGCGGUGCUCCCGUGCCAUGGCUCGUUGCCGCUCCCUGGCUCUACUUUGACGGCAAGCUACUGCAGCGCAACCUGCACCGCGCGGCACACUGCAAACACUUGGCGCAGCUAUGUGACAAUCAUCUCGACACUGUCGUCAAGGUGGAACGUAUGCGCAAGGCUAUUCUUGAAGGUCUAGAAGUGGAGUUUGCGAUGCCACCCCUACCGCUAGUGGGCGUGGUGGGCGAACCGUUGGCGUGGCGCGGUCGUGGUCGCGGCGCACGGCUAGAGAUCGCUGGUGUUGUCGUGGGGCAGUGGGGUGGCGGCUCCUACCCCACGCAUCCGCGCGCGCCUCGUUACCCUCAGGUGAGCUACGUGGGAUACACACCAACGCCUCGCAACGCAUAUGGUAGUCGCAGCUGGCGCGGCGGGCGAGGACGUGGACGCGGCCGUGGCUCCGCUCCCCUACCCCGCGGCGCCACGCGUAUCCGUCGCCCGAGACACCAUGAGCCGGCCAAGCCCGCUACGCUUAGCAUCAACGGUAAAACUGUUAGGCCUGGUGAUAUGAGUCCUCCUGCUGAUGAUGGCAGUCCUCAUGAAGAUAGUUCCCAGCCAGAAAAUGACGGUGAAGGAACUCAACCACAGAAAACAAAGACUGGAAAAAAUAUUAAGAAGAAUUUAGGAAAAGGAAAAAAAAAGAGCUCUAACCACAAGACUGAUGUAGCUCAGACAUUGGAAGCCAAUGGACCACUAGAUAAGAACAAGGUGGCGGAACUUAGUCAUAGUUCUGAUCAAGAGCACUUUGGACAAGGUGAUGCACCAGUUAAUAACUAAUUGUUUCUUUAAUUCCAAAGGUAAAUUUAUGUAUUUAAUACGUUUACAUUCUUAGUACAUAUUUAGAUAUAACAUUUGUCAUUCAAAAAUGUCUUUACUAUCUCUUAUAACUGUAUUUUUUGAGGAAAGCCAAGCACAUAAAAAUCUUGAAUUGCUAGUGAUGAAUAUCAAUGUAUCAUUGACCUGUAUUCUUUACUAGUUUUUGAUAACAAUUUCGUAAUGACGUCGUGGGAAACAAAAACUUAUUUCAAUAGCACGUAUUUCUUCAGAGAUUACAUUCAUCUGUAAUAGUGAGAAAAAUACUUAAUACCUUACAGAAAGUUCAUGAAGGAGAAUAUAUUUAUUCAAUCAAUAUGUAUACGUGCCUCAACAUCUAUGAGACUUCCCAAUUAAGAGACUGAUUUUGUAAUAAGUCGACUGGCACAGAAUGUGGCCACUUGUAAGGUUCAAGACAUGGUUUAAAACCUAUUUGAGACGAUAUUAGACGUUUCAACCCUAUUCAGACAAUUGGUUCUCUGUUUAUUUUGCUUUAUGUUUAUAGGAGUAUAUAUAAUAAUAUUUAUUGAAACAAGUUCUCCUAAAAGAAAACAAAAGCAAAAUAUUCAAGAGUCUACUACUUUAAGUAGUAAAGUGUAUAUCUUUUUUUAAAGAUAAUAACUCUCAUAACAUCUAUUAUCUGACAAGUGAUAAUUAGAAAAUAUAUUAAAAUUAACAUGUUGAUUGUUAAGUCAUGUUUUAUUAAAAAAGUGAGAUGACUUAGUAAAGAAUAUGUUUAGUUUAGCAUAUGGAAUACUGAGUCAGCAUUAUUUAUUUACACAUAGUAUAUUUACAAUUUACCAAAUUAUUGUUUUAUUUCUAAGUUUGGUUUGGUCUAUGAAAUCCCUAAUUGAUUUUAAAUACUACUAUUUUUAAGUUCUUAAGUUACUCUAUGCUGUCAAUCAUUUGUGACAGAUUUUCUUGAUUUCAUAAGCUAAACCAAUCGUGUUCAGACUUGUUUUUAGGAUUUCUUGUUGUAUAUUUAGGCAUUAUUGAUUGUGUGAAUGUUUUGUAUUAUCCGACAUAUAUGAACUGCUAUCAUUCCAGUUUGCGUUCUCUGCAACUUUUUAUCAAGCAUUAUACUUAACUAUAUCUAGUUUGAUAGCAGUUCAUAACCUAUAUUGGGCUAACUGAAAUCAUCUAAGACCAUUUUGAAUGAAUUUUAUUAUUAUUGCACUAUUUUCAUUUGCACAUGGGUUGUCGGAUAUUUUAUACCAUAGUGGUAAAAAAGAUGUUAAGAUUUAGGAUAGAAAUUGCAUUUAUUGAAUGAAGGUGGUGCUUUGAAAUUUAGUCUGUGGGACUGCCUGAAACGAGUCUGAAACUCUUAGAUUUAAGUCUAUUGAUAGACGUUUAAUAAAACUGAACGAACAUUCGUGUAUUGAGCUUUCCACUUCCUAUAGGGUAUUAUUUCGAUAGAAUAUCUUAGAUUUGUUAGUGAUAUAUUUAUAUGCAUUUUAGGAAUCUCAAAACUGCGAAUGUUCUUCACUUUAUAUGUAUUUUUGUAAAUUUGUUAUAUUGUUAUACUUAAAUUAAGCUGGAAUGACUAACAAAAAAUUGAGACAAAGUCUUGAUGUACUCGAUUGGUGGUAAACUGUCGACUUAUCAGCAUAAUACACGUUACAUUCCAUUUCAAAGAUAACACGAAGGUUCGAAAACAUACGAACAGUUGACACCAGUAGAGAAUGGAACAAAAUGAAGACUUUACAAUUUGCUUAAACCCUGGCUGAAACAUAAAUAAAUAUGUUGCCACAAUAACAUAUUAAUUGAUUUUAAUAAUGAAAACAUGAUCAGAACUUGUAUGCACACGUAUAGAGGUCACGCCGCUGUCUCUAGUGAUUGCCUAACAAAGUAUAACGUAAUGCGUCUGACUACUUCGUAAUUAACGGCCACGAACGGCUAGAAUCGGGCCCGCUCCGGCUCCGAUGCUGUAUUAGCAAACAGCCGAUGCUGUAUUAGCAAUGCGGCAAACAUACAUAAUAUUAUAAACAUAUAUUAUUGCUUGCUUAUUAAAUAAACACGAUGUGUAGCGUUUAGAAUUUUAACUUCAAUGUAUUUUCAUUUGUUUAAGAAUUAUGUGUAUCAACAAUAAAAGCAUGUUAGAGGUUUGGUUAUAUUUCGUAAAGAAGUCAAGAUUUUAUAUUAGUCGGUUUCAACUAAAGGGCACUAUUUGUGUGCGAACACUCAACAGGACCCCAAAUCUUAGAAGAAUCUAGGGAGGUCAGGAUAUUGGAUUCAUAUUUGUUUUAUGACAUUACACCUAAAUCUAUAUUUGUUUCAUGGAAUAUAAUGAAAUAAAUCCAUCCAAAGGCAACUUCAAGUCAGCGGCAAACUUUUUUUAUAUACGAUUGAAGAACUCAAUAAAAAUUUCAAGCUAUGGGCAGUAGGUUUUAGGAAAAAAAAAUUAACUUCAGCCAGCAAACGUCUAUGCAA